AUGAAACCUUCAAUUUUUGGAAUAAUUUUAAUACUCUUUGUAGCAUUCGUGUUUGUUAUCGAUGCAUCAAAUUUAAGAAAAAGAGCGAAUAGUAGCAACAAAUGUAAAAUUAAAGUACUCACACCUGAUGAUGGAACUAUUGUUCAUCAUGGAACUACUCAAAGAGCAACUUGGAAACCUUAUUAUUGUGAAGGUACUUUGAGUGUCGAUACAAUGAUCAGAGUGAUUAUUAUCGCCGGAUCCAAUAAUACAGAUACAUGGAUAAAAGUAUUUGACGAAUUAACCACAUUUGGUGCUGAAGGAAUACAUUAUACUGUUGAUGAAAAAUGGCCUUCCAAUGAUUUUGAAUAUGUUUUGUUUGCUUUCAGCGCCGAAUCUGUAGACAUUUUUGGAGAAUCGGGAGUUUUUGUUAUUGAUGAUAAAAUAAUGCAAUGA